CAAAACCGUGUCUUGCUUCUGACCUUGCAUAUUAAACAUACGAUUCUUCCGACACCUUUUAACUACAUGCCUACAUAAGAGUUCCUUCCCUCGUAAAUCUACUUUACCUACCAUAUUCCACUCAUCUGCGUACACGCCAUUUCAGACAGUGAAUUGGAGAAUGGCGCCCAAACAAUCCACAACCAGCGCUCGCGGCCGCGGCGCGUCUUCUGCUACUACGAACAAACCCUCCAAAGCGUCUACGUCCAAAAACCAAUCUUCUCGUGCCGUGCACUCGGAAAGCGACGCAGAUCCGUUUGCGGAGGACGAUCGAUCGCAACAGCGGAGAGGGCAUGAUACUACGAUGGAGAUUGAUGAUGAUAACGAGGAAGAGGAAGAUGAAGAGGCGAGGAAGACGAUACCGCCAGAAUUGUUAACGCAUGUGUUGCACCAGUUCUUUGAGAAGAAUGGUACGAGAGUCUCGAAGGAUGCUAAUGCGGCUAUUGCGAAGUAUAUGGAUAUUUUUGUGCGCGAGGCGAUUGCGCGGACGGUUGUGGAGAAGGAGAAGGGAUUUCUCGAGGUCGAGGAUCUAGAAAAGGUCGCACCGCAGCUUUUGCUUGAUCUAUGAAGGCGUAACAAGACAUCUCCAUGUGCCGUUAGCGGAACCAAUCCUGAAGAAAUUACGCUACAGGUAUGUUUCAACUAUAUAAAUGUUCUAAUGUUCUAUCUCUUACGACUAUCAGCUACUGUAUACGAAGUGAUA